GGAAUGUUUUGUCCAAAUUGAUGCCGUCAAAUGCCUUCAUACUCAAUACGGUGUAGUUACGAUGUUCGAAAAAUUCGCGUGCAAUAUCAUGUGAUGUUUCAUUGAUGGUAAUUAUAUUAUUCAAUAGCUUGAGGUUAUUGUUGUUCAUAUGAACAUCAUUUAGCAGAACAUUUGAUUCGCCAUAAUGUCGCUUCAGAAAGUCAGUGUGAAUGUUGUAGAUUUGUUGCAAUGUGCUGUCCUCACGUCUUUCAAUCACCUCCCAUAGAUUUUUCUCUGCUUCCAAGUAAUCCUUGGUUAAUUGAUCGACUAAAGUGACAUGCAACACUUUAUCGCUUGUACUUUCAAUGGUAUCGAUGGGCAAAACCACAAAAAUACACAAUAUAAAAUGACACAAUCGCCUCAUGAUGGAAUUAUUGAUAUUGAUUUUUUUUUUUCCGACUUUUUAUUCGGAAUUUUGCGUAAACUUCCAAACGCCACCAAAUUGUCAGUGUUCAAACACAAUGCGAUGAUUUCCAGCAAGGCGUUUGGAACAAAAUAAAAUUGAAAGAAUUUCGUUUCGGGGGAAAGAAGGAAAAAUUACUGUGCGUACGAAGCGAAUACUCAACAUAAACUAUUUUUCUGGCGAAUUAAUUGGAUGUGUUGAAGUGCGGAACGAAUUCUUCAAAACGAAAAAUUGUGUUAUGAGUGUUGUCUAUUCCUAUUUUCUCUUUUUCACAUCAUUUUCUAAUGAUGAUUUUCGUCUUUCUAUUUCAUCUUUUAUUUGUUUUUGGAGCGAUAAUGUUUAAUGUGCCCUGAUUAAAUUUUCCCGCAAGCGUUUCAGCUCUCACUUACACGAGAGAAAGAGUGAGCGAACAUGUGAAAGAGAGAGAGAGAGAGAGAGAGAGAGCACUUACAUCAGUUUGUUAAAGAUGCUUGCGGUGUUAAGUAGUCACAGUGAGCGAUGUAUUGUACAAGACAGUAACACUAUCGUCAAAAAUACAACGAGAGAAAGAGAGGAAGAGAAAGAUAUUCAGCAACAGCAGCAUAAAGUGCCUGAUCGGAGACAAUUUGAACUGCCCAUGCAUCAGAACAGAUUUUUAUCAACCAUAAAGGUCUUUCGAAGCAUUUUAAUUAUGUGUGAAUGAAUGCGUGGUCGCAUUUGUCCCAUUGCAAAAAAUUGAUAAGACAAUUUUCAUCCAUCCGGAUUCAAGCGAAAUCAGCACAAACAAAAACACAACAAAUAUGAACACUUUGUCGGCUUCAUACCGUUGCUGCUAUUGUUGUUUUUUUUUUUUUGUUUUGUGCUUUCGUCGCUUAACUCUACGGAUGUGAUUGAAUGGAGAGUAUGUUUCACUUGUGGUUUUGUACGAGAGACAAAUGUGCCACGUCUACUGAAACAAUUAAUUUCAUGCAAACAUACUCUAUCAUCAAACUCAUCGCAUAGAAUUAAGAGUCGGAUAGUUAACCAAAGGCCAUCCAUAUAAAAAUUGCCUACGUCUGUGACCUGCUGAAAUGCCGUAAUAUUCAAUUAAACUAAAUGCAACGAAAUUAAAGAAAUGGCAACUAUGCAUCGUUUGAUCAAAUUGAAUUCCAUGAAUUGUGUGAUGCGACCUUAGCCUGCCAAUUCUAUCGUCGUAUUUGACCGCGAUUCACACAUAAACACAUCAUCGUCACCGUAAGUGACCGUAAGUUUCUAACCGAUUCGUUUAAUUUAUAUUAUCUUUUGCUCUUUUACUGACUGCCACCAUAGAAUUCUGCAUGCGAUAAAUCAUCAAAAGCUGCGAAUUCGAUAAAUCUUCUAUGUGUUUAAUUAAAUAUUUUUGAAUAAACGAUACAUUGCGUGGUUGAAAUGGAAUUGGUUCUGAAUUACUUCAGAAUGAACACGAGUGCGGAACAAAAACCGCAAAUUCAGAAUGCUUCCGGCGGAGUAAAUCCAGCGCUGAGAAUCUUUUUAUUAGGAGGCUUUAUUGCAACCAGAACGAAACUGUGCGCAGCUAAUUUGACUGGCAUCAACAACAACACCGUAUCAGCAUUAAUCGUCAAACAUAUACCAGAAAGCCGAUCACAUUAAAUCUCAAUUAAAUCUCACACAGUGCAUCGUAUCAAAGUAAUAAUCAUUGAAGAGAGAAGUGAACUGCAUCCAAAGUCACAAUUCAGCAACCGACAGCAAUACAUAUCAAUUCUGAUAAUCUAAUCAUAUUCAUAUCAGUGCAAAAGUUAUAGCAAAAAAAGGGAGAAUAAGUUCUCUCAGUUUUCCACUUAUUCAAAUACAUUUAAAAUAAAAGUGACCAAUAAAAUUCCGAUUGUGCGUGUUUUUUUCUCUCAACAACUCUCUCUCUCUCUUCGUGUAAGUGAAAUUACAUAACAUAAGGGAAAAAAGGAAACAUGUCAUUAAAACGUGAUUAUAAAACAAAAACUGACGAUGAGAAGGAGCUCGAACCAUUAGGCGGACCAAAGUCACCGGAUAAAGAAUCAAAAACGAAUGGAGUUCAGUUCGGCGGUGAUAGUAGCGGUGGUCGGCAAACACGUAACGGAGUUGCGGUCUGUUCACAGAAACGUGCACUCUGUGUUACCGCAAUCGUUUUAGCUGCUCUUCUGGGAACGGCACUUGUUAUAGCUUACGGGGGCCCACAAAAUGAUUGUUCGUGUGCUGGCAAAAUGCCACCCGGCUACAUUUUAGAUCACUACAAUAGUUCGUUACCAUUCAAUCCGAUAGCAACAAAUGGUGAACCAUUUCCAUGGUUUUUACCAAAUUUGCCAAAUAAUGUGCGACCGCUACGAUACACGCUAACCAUACAUCCAAAUCUAACAACAUUAGAUGUUAAAGGUCAAGUGACGAUAGAAUUCCAUGUGGAGAAAGAGACCAAUUUCAUUGUUUUGCACUCACAGGAGCUGAACAUUACAGAAAAAGCAAUUGUCGGUCCCAAAGGAUUUGCAUUAAAAAUUCAAAAGGUCUUGGAGUUUCCGCCGCGUCAGCAAUUGUACAUUGAGUUGAAAGACCGUUUGCGGAAAAAAACGAAUUUCACAUUAAAUUUGCGGUGGUACUCGCGACUAAUUCCCGAACCCGAAGGAUUUUAUGUCGAUCAAUACGACGGUGGAAAUGGUGUAAAGAGAUUCUUGGCAGCGACAGUAUUUCGACCGGGUGGAGCGCGACAAGCGUUCCCAUGCUUCGAUGAGCCGCAUCUUCGUGCACCAUUCCGAAUAUCCGUAUUUCGUGAUCGCUUUCACAUCGGUCUCUCCAAUUCAAUUGUGCAUGCAACAGAUGAUGUUGGAUUUUACAUGGGAACCGGGCUGCUACGAGACGACUUCAUUGAAACUCCCGCCCUUCCACCGGAUGCCGUCGCAUGGAUUGUAAGCGAUUUCCAACGUGAAUCACUCGAACCAUCUUCAACAUAUCAAACAACAGCCACAACACUGGCACCAGAUCUCCUUGGCCGAACAACGAAGCCAUCAUCGGAUAAUUUCACAUUCCGAUCGGACAAAAGGCCUAUCAAAAACAUCAUCACCACUUCACUCACCAAACAAUUACAAAUUGUUAAAAAUAUCAGCGCCAAUGCGCUGGCCGACAAAUCGCUCAAUCGAACAGCUGCUUCAAAUGAAACAGACAUCAUCGAUGAUACAGAACUUCGAACAGCUCCAUCUUACACAUUCUAUGCACCUCAGAAGAUAUUGCAACGCUCCAAAUUCGUUUUGGAUAUGUCACGCGAUGUGCUCGAGUAUCUGCAAGAUUGGCUGAACGUUAAAUAUCCACUCGCCAAAUUAGAUUUCGUUGCAUUGCCAUCGCUUGACCGGGAGAUGAUAAGUUCACUGGGUUUGAUUACGUUACAGACAGCGUUUUUGCAGAAUCAAGAUGCAAUCACAACGGAGCAAUAUCAUUUGUCGGCGAUUAAAAUAUCGGAGGCAAUCAUAAAGCAGUUCUUCGGUGGAAUAACGUCGCCAAAAAUAUGGAAGCAUUCUUGGUUAUGGGAGGGUUUGAUCAAGUAUUUGGGACGGUUAGUCUUAACACCUCUGAAAACCGAGUGGCCAAUGGAUGAGAUGCAAUUGAUGCACAUUGCAACACGCGCCAUGGAUAUUGAUGCCAUUCAGGGAUGGGAUAGUAUUUUGGCCGGCACUAGUGAGGAUGGCAAAAAUGAUGAUUUCUUUAUCGACAAAUCGGCUGCAGUUAUGGCAAUGUUGCACGUUUCGAUGGGUGACACCAAUUUCCGUUCAUGUUUAGGAUCAUUUUUGAUCCAGUUUAAAUUCCAAACCGCUGAACCGGUGGAUUUGUGGAAUAUAUGCUCGAAGAAAGUAAACAACACGAAAAAUAUCAAAGAAAUGAUGAAUUUAUGGACAACUUUGGAGAGUUUUCCACUGUUGACCGUAUCUAAAGUUGGAUCGACUGUUACAAUAUCACAAAAGGAUUUCCAUCCAAUGGAGUUCCAGGCCAUUUUGGACGAUCCAUACUUAUUGAAUUUCACAGCAACGUCAACGUCAAGCACCACAACAACACCGGCUCCAACCAAAAAAAAAUCAACCACCAAAUGGAUUUUCCCCGUCAAUUACAUCACAAAUGUUGCAAACGUUUCCGACCUCCUCUGGUUCCAUAAUUCUGACGUGACAUUCACAAUUCCGAUUGGCGUAAAAUGGAUCAAAGUCAAUUCGGGUCAGACUGGUUACUAUCGAGUUCUAUAUGAUGAGGAUAAUUGGGGCUAUAUAGUGGAAGAGUUGAAAGUCAAUCACGAAACAUUCUCACCCAUGGAUCGUAUCGGCUUGAUAUCGGAUGCGUUUACAUUGUGUCAUGCCAAUUUAAUGCCAUGCCAAAUAACGAUGAAUUUAGUUUCAUAUUUGCCGAAAGAACAAAAUUGGGGCCCAAUGACGACCGGUUUACGUCACUUGGAAAAAUGGCGUCGAAUUCUUAAAUACUCGGAAUGUUUUCUGAUGCUGACCGAAGUGGUGAAACAAAUCUUAUCGAAGCCAGUGGCAACAAUGGGGUGGAAUAACAGCGGCAAAGACGAAGUCAAAUUAUUGCGACCUGAAGUGUUGCUAGCCGCAGUUCUAUGGGAAGACGCUGAGGCAAUAAAUCAGGCAAAACAGCUGUUGCAUAAUUUCCUUACCAUCGGUUCGGUCAUACCGGCCAAUUUGAGAGAGGUGGUGUACACUGGCGCUGUGCUAUCUGGAGAGUACACAUUUUGGCAAUAUUGCUGGGAAAGAUACAUAUCGUUACGAGGCUCUCCAGAAGGAACCACAGAACGUUUGCAACUUCUGCGAGCUUUGGGAAAAACCAAAGACGCUUGGUUCCAGAAUCGAUUGUUGUCGCAUGUUAUAACGCUGCCACCAACCGAAGUGGUGCAAGUGCUACAAGCUAUUGCCGGUACACCAACCGGAGGUGCAAUGGCCUGUCGUUUUCUUCAAGCCAAAUGGUAUGAUCUAGAGUCAAAAAUGGGAGCCGGAAGCGUAAAUUUUGCCAAAGUGAUAUCAGCAAUCACGCAAUACGGUGCCACGAAAUUCGAUUACGACGAAUUGAAAUCGUUGGUGCACCGAUUCGGUGACGGACCCGGAAUGCGAACGUUGAACAUGACAUUGAAAAGUGUUGCUGCUAAUGUGGAAUGGGUGUCACGUUCUCAAAACGCAAUAUUCAAUUGGGUAGAGAGUCAUGAGAAUGUAGGUCGACGAAGAUAAUCAGUUUGAAUCAAGAAAGCAAACAUCACACAUUUGCCCUAAACGACAUAUUCAACAAUUGUUGCACCGCAAACAGUGGCAACAGAUAUUUCGUAACAGGAUAAAACCAAGAAUGAACGGUGUUCUUUUUCUCGUUCAAUUCCGUUGGAAUCGCAUUCAUGAAUAAGUUUGAAAUUUAGAGAAACAAAACAGCAAAAAAAUUAUUUAGUAUUAGAAAGACAUGGAAAGAGAGAGAAUGAAAAAACAGAAAACCAUCUCCAUUUUACAUAUAGAUGAAGAAGAAACACAUACUCUGCAACAACACAACACACUGUCAACACAAACACACACACAUACAUACCACUCAAUCAUAUUUUUAUGUACACAAUUCAAUUUAUGAUAUGUAAUUGUAUCACUUAUGUGACAGAAGCAAUCUCAUGAGCACACUGUCGAUAGAAUAUUGCAGAACAAACAACAGCAUUCCCCAUACACAAAUUAUAUGUAUUUUAUAUUUAUGUAGAAAGUGUGUAUUAUGGUAAGACCAUUUCAUUUCAAGAGAUCUGGUGCCGUUCGAUAGGAUAAAACAUUUUUACAACAACAACAACAGCAAUAGUGGAGUGAGUAUCCACGUAAUCCAUCGGAAAGUUGCACACGACACUGAAAGAUCUAUUGAUUUGUCACGGAAACUACCACCCAAUGGGAUUUAUUUUAUGUUAUUUAUUACGUUUAUCAACACAUUCAGUCAUUGACGUAAAUACGAUUUGUGUAUAAAAAAAAAAGAAAAA